AGUUUGUCAAGUUUGGUAAAGUCCUCCCAAUAGUGAAAGUGACACGCAAACAAAUUCUUAUCAUAGAGCUCUGCCAUUAAAAUACCACAAAAAUAAAGUUAAGUUCAAUAGUAAGUUCUAAUGUCGGCCCUCGAUGAAUUACAGGCGAAAAUCGCCGAACUGAAAAAUGAAUUGGAGCAACAGAAAAGCGCGACACGCGCAGCACGAGAACGAAUUGAUAAAAUGUCUGCAGAAGUAGUGGACUCCAAUCCUUAUAGUCGUCUUAUGGCGCUACAACGUAUGGGAAUUGUUAAGGAGUAUGAGCGCAUACGUGAAAAAACAGUGGCUGUGGUCGGGAUUGGUGGUGUUGGUAGCGUAACAGCUGAUAUGUUAACAAGGUGUGGCAUCGGCAAAUUAAUACUUUUUGACUAUGACAAAGUGGAACUGGCAAAUAUGAAUCGGUUAUUUUUUACACCUGACCAGGCUGGUUUGUCCAAAGUGGAAGCAGCUGCGCGCACCUUAAGCUUUAUUAAUCCUGAUGUGCGGAUCGAAACUCACAACUAUAACAUAACUACCGUGGAAUCAUUCGAUAAAUUCUUGAAUACUAUAUCUCACGGUGGUAUACAACCCGAUACACCUGUUGAUUUAGUGUUAAGUUGUGUUGACAAUUUUGAGGCUCGCAUGGCUAUCAACACUGCAUGUAAUGAGCUAGGUUUGAAUUGGUUCGAAUCAGGUGUAUCUGAGAAUGCUGUUUCCGGACAUAUACAAUUUAUACGUCCCGGUGAAACGGCAUGUUUUGGUUGUGCCCCACCAUUAGUUGUUGCAGAAAAUAUUGACGAGAAAACAUUGAAACGUGAAGGAGUGUGUGCUGCUUCCCUACCUACCACUAUGGGUAUAACCGCCGGUAUGUUGGUGCAGAAUACACUCAAAUAUUUGCUCAAUUUCGGGGAAGUGUCCGAUUACUUGGGUUAUAAUGCAAUGAAUGAUUUCUUUCCACGUAUGAGUCUGAAACCGAAUACUCAAUGUGAUGACCGGCACUGUCAAGAACGUCAAAAAGAAUACCAAGCUCGUCCAAAAGUGGUAGCAGAAGAGAGUGCUCUAGAGGAUGAUACGCCAUUGCACGAAACAAAUGAAUGGGGCAUUGAGCUAGUCGAUGAUUCUCCACCCGUCGCAGAAGCAACUGAAGCAAGCAAAGAAGUUGCAACGGGUCUACGUUUAGCAUAUGAGGCACCAGAAACUACCACGGAAAGCGUGCCUACAGUUGCCGCUGCUGCUAAUGUGGAUUUAGAUGAUUUAUUUGCUCAAAUGAAGGCAUUAUAAGAAAAGUGAUACAACUGCUAUUUAUUCCAAUAAUUAAGGUUAAACCAUAUUGCAUUAUUUUUUUAUAGUUACUGCUUUGAUAAUGAUAGUGUUCUAAGCGAUAAAUAAAAUAAAAAAAACUGUUUUGAAAAUGC